GCAGAGACCGCUGGAAGCGAAGGGGCGGCAGCGACAGGAAGCUCAGUGCACCGCCGCCAUGGCCUGGGCUCGGGUCCCACUCUGGGCCAUCUGCAUGCUGCGGGUGGCGCUGGCUACCGUUUAUUUCCAAGAGGAAUUUCUAGACGGAGAGCACUGGAGAAACCGAUGGGUGCAGUCCACCAAUGACUCCCGAUUUGGGCAUUUUAGAGUCUCGUCGGGGAAGUUUUAUGGUCAUAAAGAAAAAGAUAAAGGUCUGCAAACCACACAAAAUGGCCGAUUCUAUGCCAUCUCUGCACGCUUCAAACCAUUCAGCAAUAAAGGGAAAACUCUGGUCAUUCAGUACACAGUAAAACAUGAGCAGAAGAUGGACUGUGGAGGAGGCUACAUUAAAGUCUUUCCUGCGGACAUUGACCAGAAGAACCUGAAUGAAAAAUCACAGUACUAUAUUAUGUUUGGACCCGAUAUUUGUGGAUUUGAUAUCAAGAAAGUUCAUGUUAUUUUACAUUUCAAGAAUCAGUAUCAUGAAAACAAGAAAUUAAUCAGGUGUAAGGUUGAUGGCUUUACACACCUCUACACUCUAAUUUUAAGACCAGAUCUUUCUUACGAUGUGAAAAUUGAUGGCCAGUCGAUUGAAUCCGGCAGCAUAGAGUAUGAUUGGAACUUAGCAUCACUCAAGAAGGAAAAGUCCCUGGCAGAAUCGAAGGACCGGAAGCUAACUGAAGACAUCAAAGCCCAGGACUGGGAGAAGCAUUUUCUGGACGCCAGCGCCAGCAGGCAGAGUGACUGGAAUGGUGAACUGGAUGGGGACUGGCAGGCCGCAAUGCUCCAGAAGCCGCCGCGCCAGGAUGGCCUGAAACUAGAAGGUAUUGAUAGAGACAUUUGGCUCCACCAUAAAAUGAAGAAUACCAACUAUUUGACACAGUACGACCUCUCAGAAUUUGAGAACAUCGGUGCCAUCGGCCUGGAGCUUUGGCAGGUGAGAUCUGGAACCAUUUUCGAUAACUUUCUGAUCACAGAUGAUGAAGAGUAUGCAGAUAACUUUGGCAAGGCCACCUGGGGCGAAACCAAGGGUCCAGAAAGGGAGAUGGAUGCCAUACAGUCCAAGGAAGAAAUGAAGAAGGCCCGCGAGGAAGAGGAGGAAGAGCUGCAGUCGCAAGAGAGUGACGGUCACAAAAAUUACUUCCAUCGAUUUCACAAAAGGAAUGAACUUUAGUCAUCCCCACUGGAGAUAAGGACGACUGGGAAACCCUCAUUGCCACUUUAAUCU